AUGUCGUCGUCGCAGGUGCCCAGGCCCCCGUCGGCGAGGUCCGCCUCCUCCUCCGCCUCCCGCGCGCCGUCCACGCCGUUCGACGCCGGGCAGAAGAACGUGUGGACCGACGUCAUCGACCACAACAAGUCCGUCGCGAAGCAACGCGGGGACUCGGGCAGGCCCGACGGCGUGCUCUUCGUGGUGGGAUCGCGCGGAUGCGGCAAGACCACGCUGGUCAACCGCCUGCUCUACCCGGACAAGACCGAGGUCCCGAAACCCACCGAGGGGAUGGAGUACAACUACGCGCGCAGGGCCUCGAGCGGGGCGGGCGGCGGCGGCGGCGGCGUCGACCGCAAGGACGUCGCGCACGUGUGGGAGAUCGCGGGCUCGCGACACUUCGCCGACGAAGUCACCGAGCAGGACAACGUGUUUCUCGGUCCCCGACACGUCACCACCGCGGUCGUCGCCAUCUGCGUCGACCUCGCCAAACCCCACGAGGCGAUGCGCACGGCGGAGUACUGGCUCGGCCGCGUUCACGCGCGGUGCGCCAAGACGUUCGAGAAGUUAGCCGCGAGGGGGAGCAGGCUGCCGGAGCAGCUCGUUCGUAGAAGCGAGAGGGUCUUCGCGGCUGGCGGCGGCGGAGGCGGCGCGGCCGGCGGCGCGCACGAGGACGCGCACUCGCCGCUCGUGCGGCACUCCGGCGUGACGGUGCUCAUCGUGGCGACGAAGCACGACGCGUGGCGGCGAACGGACCCGGAGCGCAUGAAGGUGUUGGUCCGAGCACUCAGGUUUUUGGCGCACGCAAACGCCGCCGGCCUGUUCUUCCUGGGAGGUUUCGGCGCGGCGGACGGUGACUCGCGCGCGGACCGUUCGUCUCUGAACGACGCAGACGACGCGGACGAAUACCCCGGCGAGAUGCGAUCGCAGUUUAACCAGUUUCGCGCGUACCUCAACCACCUGAUGUUCGCGGGCGCGGAUCGAAAGUUUCCGGGGAGGAUCGCCGCCAGGCUCGAUCACCUCCGGCCGGUGACGUGUCCCGUCGGCGGCGACAGGCUGUCUUCCAUCGGCGUCCCGAAGGGUGCCGAGGGGGGUGGUGAGCCCCUGCGGGCGUGGCGCGACGUCACGUCUCGAAUGUUCCCGCCGCCGCGGGACGGGGACGGCGACGAGGGCUCGAAAGUCGCCGGAACGGCUCCGGACCUUUCCAAGUUUCCAGAGAGGGAGGUCGACGAGGAGCCAGGCGAUGCUCCGCGCGGGGGGCGGGGGCGGGGGUAG